AUGCAAAGCAGCAUAUCUCAGGAAAAGCUCCAGUUGAUGCAAAAAAACUUUAACCUUGUGGAUAACAACAAAGAUGGGAAAAUUACUGCGGAGGAAUUUAAGACGCUCUUGCGAUUGCUCGGGCAAACCAGAACAGAGAAAGAGAUGGACGAGAUGGUGGACAACCAUUUUGAAGACGCAGUAGGGGGGGAGGAGCAGGAGCAGCCGGAAGCUGCUGAGGCUGCCGAUAAGGGAAAAGCAGACAAAGGGACGCCAAGUGAAGCGAAGCAAUCGAGCGGUCAGAAAAACCCAGCCAAAGCUACCCCAAAUCACGAUCGAAUAAAAAACCUAAUCGCAAAGCUGAACAAUUUUAAAGAUGAAGACAAAAAAAAAAAUAGCUCAAAUGGCCCAAAUAAUAGAACAUGUGAUACUUAUAAGGAACCCUUAUCGGUAGACGAGCUAAUCACCUCGUUUGAAUUUUUCGACAAAGAAAAAAGUGGCUAUCUCGAUGAGGAGAAGGUGAGAUUUAUUUUGAAGAACAGCGAUGAGAGGUUGGUGGAUGAGGACAUGAAAUUGUUUUUGAAAUCGUUAAACUUGAUGGAUAAGGACAAAAUUGAUUAUGUCACUCUGGCGAAGCGGCUCAAGAAUGUGACCUAA